AUGCAGGCAAGAGAUAUAAAAACCGUGGCGGAAACUAGCCUCCAAGACACAAGAUUAUUUAGUUUACAGUAUCAUAAAAUAUUUCUCGUGGGCAUGGAGAGGUGGAACAGCUCUAUAAUACUGAAGAGGAGAGAAGAAACAGAAAGAAGUAAGUAUUCCUAACACAGCUGCAAAACUAUGAUGGGUCCAAAUUUGUAUUUAGGGACCAGCUUUCUUUUGAUCAUCAUUAUUUACCAUAUAUUUUGGAAAGCUGUUCAUUUGCUAUAUGUUUGGGCACAUCUUAUGAUCCUGUAACUAAAUUUUGCAUGAUUGGUCCACAUUCCGGUACAAUUUGAUGCCAUUUUGAAUCAUGAUGGCAAACUCAACUUUUCAAAACUGCACAGAUUUCAACCACUGAUUUCAAAACACUGUGUUGUUGUUGUUGUUGUUGUUGUUGUUGUUGUUGUUUUCUUGGAAUUCCCAAGCAAUGGUUGGUACAAGGCUUCUGGUGAUAAAUAUAGUUCCAAUAAUAUAAAUGAUGCUUUGAAGAGUGAUAUAAAGAAAACCACUCCAGAAUCACUAUGCAAAUUUUAACAGAGACAAGAGAAGCGGGGGAAGUCAUGGGAAAUAGUAGGCAGCUGUAUUGGAUUUGCACAGGCCGAAUAAGAAGUGGGAACAGAAAAUAGAAGGAGCGGUUGCCUCCAUGUGCCUUGUGUUCUCUCUCUCUCUUUCUCUCCCUCCCUCCCUCCCUCCCUCCCUCCCUCCCUCUCUCUCUCUGGGAGGUAGUCUGGAUUGACUUACUCGGUCAUGAAGCUCACUGGGUGACCCUGGGUUAGUCAGUGGUUCUUAGCCUAACCUACCUCACAGGGUUUUUGUGGAGAUUAAAUGAGCUCAUGGGGGGGGGGCAAAGGAGGCACAUGUGAUAAAUAAAUACUUUGGGGGUGGUUUGACUGUUUUGUUCUCUAUGCGUUCAGACCCCAUUUCAGAUAUCAUCACCAAACUCAGCACAAGCUUUCCCAAGGUGGAGAUGGCAGUUUUUCUUGAUGUUGGGAUGCCGGAUGCCAUUUUGAAACAAGAUGGCGGUCUGAAAAUAGCUCCAAAACUCACAAAUCAUGUUAUCCAUUUUUAAUAAUAAUGAUGAUGAUGAUGAUGAUGAUAUAAUAUUCUUCUUGGUUUCUUCUAAUUCCAGGGAAGUGCUAG